UCUGACUGACUGGUUGCGUGAGUGAGUGAGUGUGUUUCUCCUUCAUCUACCUCUCGAGUUCCUCUUCAUUCAGUCUUUGCCUGGCCAUGGUUGUGUCGUGUUGUGCGGUGUUUAGCCUCAGUUUCCCUCUGGCGGGUGUCUACUUGCUCUUGGGCUCCAAUUCAGACUAGCAAGUACCUUUAGCCUCCCUCCUUCACUCUGACUCUGUGGGAGUUGUGGGUAAUGUUGGUGUGUGUGUCUGUCGGGUGUGAGGCAGCAAAAAGCAACACGAAAAUUACCUUCCUGACUUCCAAGCAAUAACCGAGCAAAAACGUAGCACUUGCGAGGAGAGACUUUGCUGGUUCGAAGGUACUUUGGCAGAGUGAAGGGUCCAAGCAGCCGAGUUGGUUUACUGUAUUUGUGUGAAUGCGACAAGGUAGGCCGAAAAUUAGUGGAAUAUUGUUCUGCUGCCAUGAGCAACAAACAUUGGCGAAGAAAUACAAAACUCGAGUGGGAUCAGUGCCCCCAAGAUCCAAAGUGAUUGUUGGUGUUGGUGUCGUUGGCGUGGAGUGGGAUGCUCAGAGAAGAUAAUUGAUAGCAGGGAUCUCUUGAAUUCCUGGAAGGAUGCCAGCAGAUGCUUAACGACGAAACUUUCACUCAUUUAUGAUACUGAUUAGAAGACCUCCAAAGGCCUGGUGAUAAUAUUCAAAGCUUUAAAUUGUCCCACAAGACUGAACCAUGGUUCAACAGGUGAACGGAAUGUUGGCCAAUGGACGUACAAUGGAUAACUCCACCUCAUCAUGGCAAACCCGCGACUCAAAUUACCGCUCCGACGCAUUAGAACACAGAUACACGGAAUAUCCUCGAGGUCGGUCUCCAGCCUCGCGCCAGCAAAGAGCGGGUUCUAAUCCAAGGUAUGGAGGACCACCCACCCCUAGCUCGGCACACUCCAGGUCUAAUACACGAACUCCAGAUCAUCGUCGACCCGUUCGAGGAUCUUCCUCCGAAAGGUUCAGUCAACAUAGUGGAGGAAGAAAGGCCUCCUCCCGAGAUUCGGCGGGUGGACGGAGUUCGCGAGGCCAUGCACGGUCUACUAAUUCAUACAAAGGCGGAGGAUAUGCUUCGAGAUCCCAGCACUCUCCGAGCUCCACCGAGGAGACCACCGAGGAGACCACGGAGACUGAUUCCCAAGCUGCUCCGGAGAGUUCCAGGAACGAUUACCAUCGUCAAAUGUACGGCAUCCCUCCUCCUGGGUACGCCCUGGCUCCUCUCAGUUACACGGCAGUUCAACCGCCGAUGAUGGGCCCGAUGGCGCAACCUCAAUUGAUCAUGGCGCCCAACGGGUCCAUUCGCUCCGUCCAGUCUGUUCCUAUGUUGGCAGCCACAGCCCCUACUUGGGACGGUGAGCCCUGCCCCGUGCACCACCAUCAUCACCAUCACGCCCCCAUGCCCUUGGCCGCCCUGUACGGUAUGGGUCAGUCCGGUGCCAUUUCCAUGGGACCACCUUCGGUGCCUCCCUCGGUCAUUUCGGGAGCCACGACCGUGCGACGAGCGCGCUCAGUAGCCGAGAUUUCCAACGGUGGCUACCCCAUGAAUCCGGGCACACCUCAUUUCGACAAGAAGUCAUUCCAUGGCUCCAUGCAUCAGGUGGCCAUUCCCAAUGGGCAGGGAGGCACCUUGAUUCGUGGCCCACCCUCACGCGUCGUGGUGGGCGAGAAUGGGAACCCUAGUACAUUGCCUAUGCGAGACCCAAAGAAUCGAUCCCCGCUGCCCCCCAAGGGCGAGAAAGAGGUGGGGCUGGAUUGUUGCUCUGGCCAUUUUGUGGUGAUAUGGAUUAUUUUGGGGAUUAUCACCUUUGGAAUCUUACUCGGAAUUGUUCUUAAGUUUACAAUUGCAUAAUGCACCCUACCUACAAUAUGAUUUUGUACUUGUGUCGAAUUUACGUUUAAGUUCAAUUUUCGUGUCUCGAACCAAAAAUAGUGACAUUCACAUGUCCUUGUACUAGCCACCACUUCAGUAUUUCUUGUAGCUUUGUGUACUGUUUUGUAUCCCAUAAAUUCAAUUAACCACAGA